CGCUUUGACUAUAACUAAACAUUUUAUAUACACAGCGACCGUUACAGUAGCAAGACAGAUAAAUAAAAAAAAACAAAGAAUAUUAAUUAUCACUAUUAUUGUUCAAGUGUCUUUACUCACACAAUAGUUUAUCAUAAUCAUGUUUACUUUGGAAAAUAAAUCUGUGAUUGUUACUGGAGGUGCAAACGGCAUCGGUGCAUCCAUUGUAAAAGAAUUUCUCAAGGAAAAUCCAAAGCAUGUUGCCAUUUUAGACAUAAACGAAAAAUCAGGAAAGAAACUAGAAGAAGGUUUAGCAAAAAUAUAUACUGCAGAAAAAGUAAAGUUCUACAAAUGUGAUGUGACAAAUGAUGAUCAACUGUUUGGCAUAUUUCAUGAAGUUGCAAAAAAGUUUGGAGCCAUUGAUGUUGUUGUGAACAACGCUGGAAUAGCUCAUGAGACUAUGGAUACAUACAAAAAAGAAAUUGCUAUUAAUUACACUGCAGUGGUGACAUCAACAUUAAAGGCAUUGCAACUUAUGCGUGUAGAUCAAGGAGGGAAGGGGGGAACAAUUAUUAAUAUUUCAUCGAUAGCUGCUCUUCAACAAGUAUCACCAUAUCUGUUUGUGUAUUCGUCUACUAAAAGUGCUGUACUUCAUUUUAGUAAUUGUAUUGGGAAGGAUAAAUAUUUUAAUCACACCAAUGUCCGUGUACUAACAUUGUGUUUUGGAGUCACGGAUACGGAUAUAUUCCAGAAAUACGAUUCAUUCGAUGAUAUAAUUAAUAAAAAUGUUUUUAAAAUCAUCGAAUACUAUAAUAAAAAUAACUUGAUGCAAUCGCCGGACAUAGUUGCUCAAGGGGUUGUACAAGCAUACAAAGAAGGAUCAAGUGGAAGCACGUGGCUCGUUGAUAACAAUAAGAUAUCUGACAUCUCUGACAAUAUACAACAAGCCUACAAAAUUAUGUCAAGAAUAUGAAAAUCUUAAACGAGCAUUCUAUUUAUGACACACUAAAACGUAAAACUAAAAGAAUAAUGUAUAACUUAUAUUAUAAUUAUAUUGUAAGCCCAGCUUAUAUA